AUGUCGUCCGUUCAGAUGCAGUACCCUCCCGCGCAGGGCAUGUACACUCCGGCCUAUCUGCCCGCCGUGGUCAGCGCCACCAGAUCGCCCCACUGGACCUACAGCCCGAAGGCCCUCGCCACCCACGGCGACCAAAGGCCCUACAGACCCGAUGACGUUACAAGGGGCCAUGUUCUCGAGUUGCUCACCAAGGAGACGUUCAUCAAGCAAAUGGAGGAGGUCAACCUCCUCAGAGACGCAACGCCGAACGACAUGCAGGAGGCCCGGACCACGACCGACCCGCACAGGCUCGAGUACGUGUGUAACUUCGGCAGGCCCGACCGAAUCAAGAUCUUCCUGCACCUGUUCUACCUGUACCGUCUGAGGGCCGAACCGGGCAAGCUGUCGGAGAUCUACGAGAGGUGGAAGCAGGAGUACACUCUGCGGGACUCGGCUGUCCGCCUUCGCGAAGUCGCGUGGGAAUGCGACCGUAACGUGGUCCAGAACCUGGAAAGAUGUUUCAUCCGGGACUGUAAGAAGGUCCAGUACGCCGGCCUCAUCAAGGAGAAGGACUGGCUCGACUUGGAGAAGCACAGCCUGAUCGUCCUGAGGUCUUUCUUGAACGACAUGGCCGUGGCAGAUAAUGGGCUCAUCCAGAUCCGAACGCUCGAAGAAACCAACAAGUCCAACGAGGCGAAGGCCGAGUCCAGACGCCAAGCCCUGGCCGACGCCCAGGCCAAGCAGGAGGCGCUCCAGUUGGCGAGGGAGGAAGCGAAACGCGAGGCCGAGGCGGAGGCGAAGCGCAAGGCCGAGCUCGAGGAGAAGGAGCGCGAGGAGGCCCAGGCUGCUCGCGAUGUCCAGACCCAGACCGCGGUGCUCACGGUGCAGGCCAAGAUCGCCGCCUACCAGGGCUUCAUCGCGCAGCUCACCGCUGACUUCGCCGCGGGCAAGAUCACCAGCGCCGAGUUCUCCGAGAAGAUGGCCACCGCCUCCCAACUACUCGCUUGA